AUGGGUGUGCUUAUAGAUUUUCUGCUCCUCACAGCUAAAGUUGUGGGCUAUAUAAUCCAGUCCCUUGUGCGGUGGAUAAAGAAGCCCACAGAGAAGAGAGUCACCAAUGAAAUAUGUUUAAUAACAGGUACGGCCAGUGCAAGAGGACUGGGUCGGCGUUUUGCUUUAGAACUCGCCCAAAGAGGUGCGACGCUUGUCCUGUGGGAUACAGACACAGAUGGUAAUGAAAAGACUGUGGUGCAGGUGAGGGAGCUGGGUGCCAAGGCUUACGCUUACACCUGUGACGUGAGCCAGCGAGAGGACGUCUAUAACACUGCAGAGAGAGUGCGUCGGGAGGUGGGAGAUGUCACCAUCCUGAUAAAUAAUGCUGGGGUUGUAGCAGGGAAACCAAUCUUGCAGUGCUCAGAUGAAAUUCUGGAAAGGACCAUGAAGACUAACUGCCAUGCACAUUUCUGGACUGUCAAGGCUUUCCUUCCCAAAAUGAUGGAGAUGGACCAUGGUCACAUUGUGACGAUAGCAGGAUCCUUGGGACUCUUUGCAACAGCUUGUAUGGCGGAUUAUUGUGCGAGCAAGUUCGCAGCAGUUGGAUUCCAUGAAGCUCUUAGCCAUCAGCUGAAAGCCAAGCGAAUCAAUGGAGUGAAGACUACCCUGGUGUGCCCCUAUCUUGUCGACACAGGCAUGUUCACUGGAUGUAGAAUCAGGCAAGAGCUGGAUGCUCUUCUCUCUCCAUUAAAACCAGAUGACUGUGUGAAGACAGCAAUGAAAGGAAUACUGAAUAAUCAGCCCAUAAUAUGUAUCCCCAGAAUAAUGUACUUUGCAGUAGUUUUAAAACACCUCCUUCCAUGGGAUGUUCAAGUUCUUGUUCACAAGUUUUUGGGUAUUGAUAAGUGCAUGCAUCCAUUCAUUAGACAAAGGGAAGCGAAACACCAUCUCAUAGCAACAGGAAGAUGA